GUUGUACGUGCACCCUGACUCCCCGUUCACAGGAGAGCAACUGCUGAAGCAGAUGGUGUCCUUCGAAAAAGUCAAACUCACCAACAAUGAGCUGGACCAGCACGGCCACAUCAUUUUGAACUCCAUGCACAAGUACCAACCAAGGGUCCACAUUAUCAAGAAGAAGGAUCACACGGCUUCUUUGCUAAAUCUGAAAUCCGAAGAGUUCAGGACAUUUAUCUUUCCAGAGACAGUUUUUACUGCUGUUACUGCCUACCAGAAUCAACUGAUAACCAAGUUGAAAAUUGACAGCAACCCUUUUGCUAAAGGAUUCCGGGACUCUUCCAGACUCACUGAUAUCGAGAGAGAAAGUGUGGAGAGCCUCAUCCAAAAGCAUUCCUACGCCCGAUCCCCCAUCCGAACUUAUGGAGGAGAAGAUGAUCUUGGAGAUGACAGCCAGGCAACACAAAGCAGAGGGUCAGCCUUUACAACAUCUGAUAACCUGUCCCUCAGUUCCUGGGUAUCUUCCUCAACCAGUUUUCCUGGAUUUCAGCACCCACAGUCUUUGAGCGCCCUGGGUACCAGCACUGCCUCCAUAGCUACACCCAUUCCUCAUCCCAUCCAAGGAUCUCUGCCUCCGUACAGCCGCCUGGGGAUGCCUCUGACACCUUCUGCUAUAGCCAGCUCCAUGCAAGGUAGUGGCCCCACUUUCCCUUCCUUCCACAUGCCGAGGUACCACCACUAUUUUCAGCAGGGUCCUUACGCAGCCAUCCAAGGACUGCGCCACUCCUCGGCAGUGAUGACACCAUUUGUAUGA